GGGGCCAUAAACUGUGCAGAUAAGCCCAGGAUGCUCUGUUUGAGUUUCAGUUUCAAAGAACACACCUGCUUGCGGCUCUCAUGGAUUUCUUUAACAGGAUCUGGUUCGCUGUACUGAGGGAUGCACUGAUCGGAAUCGACUGACUUUGGAAACAUUUUUUUAGGUCAGAGACUCAUCCUGUCCAGCCAUGAUCGGUGUGGACUUGCGUGCCCUCACCCAGCCUGUGGGCGCCAUGCGGAUAAUGGAGACCAUCCUCACCUGCAUGUCUUUUAGCCUGGUGGCAGCAGUGGGUUACGUCUCAUCUCCCUACUGGGCGUGGUGUAUGUUUACCUGGUGCUUCUGCUUCUUCUUCACGUUUCUUAUUCUCAUCCUGGAGUUCACAACCGUCAGUGCCAAGUUACCUUUUGCUUGGGAUGAUUUCACCACUGCCUUUGCCAUGCUGGCGAGCCUCAUGUGCCUCGCCGCCUCUGUCAUCUACCCCACCUUUUUCACCUGUAAGACCUGCCACCGUCAGAUCGGUGCCUCUGUGGUGUCCUGGGUCUGCUUUGGGGUGUACGCAGGUGAGGUGGUUUUGACCCGCCUUCGUCCGAGUGGGCAGAACAGCGGGUUCCUCUCCACGUUGCCUGGCAUUAUGAAGAUGCUGGAGACGUUCCUCGCCUGUCUCAUCUUCACGUCCUUGGAGGACUGGCAGUACUCUGGCUCUUCACAACUGCAGUGGUGCGUGGCAGUGUACUCUUUGUGCUUUAUCUUUGCCAUCAUCAUAAUCCUGCUCACACUUGGACAGCUGACCUCUUACUUUCCAUUCUCCUUUGACAAGCUUGUGAUCAUCUAUAACAUAUUGGCAGCAGUGAUGUAUGUGACAGCUAUGGUGAUCUGGCCACUGUAUAGUUUCCGCACCAAUAAGAGACCCAGUGACUGUGGCCAUCUCUGUGCCUGGGAUAAACUGGUGGUGGUCACCUUCAUGACGAUCCUCAACGUCAUUGUUUACAGCCUGGACACCGCCUACUCUAUACGUCUUGUGUUCUGUGUCAGUAACCAGUGAGGCUGCUGCUCAUCAGUAACAUGAACUGAGAACAAACUGUGUCCAGGGUUUGAAUUGUUGUGUUAGACAAAAUGUUGUAUGCUAUAUCUAUUUCCUGCUAAGGCUGUUCAGCAAUUAUUAACAAAGAUAAUCAUUACUGUAAUAAAAUAUUGGGUGCCAAGUAUAUAGUCCUGUCUCCUAGAAAUUCUGCUUUGUAUACAACUAAUUUGAAAUAGCAAAACGUUUUUUAAAGGAAAUGUAAUGCAGGCAAAUUUUCUAUUAAAGGUACAGUAUGUCAUUCUGGAGAAAGACUGUUGAUUCAUUCCCAAGUUGUCAGAUACAGAGGCUUUGGGUUGAUAGCUGGACUGAACCACCAACCCAAAGCAUCAGUAACUAACGACUUAGGAAUGAAACAACAAUCAAGUAUCAUUCUCCAGGAUUGCUUUAUACUGCACCGUUAACAUAAUACAACACAUUCUCACUCUGACAUUGUCACAUAUCAACGUUUGGUCAUGGACCCUCCACAUCCAGAUACGAUGUGAAAGGUAUCCUGGGUUGACGCUCUAGGACAACAUGUCAAUUUAGGCUUGUUACAUGCAUUGUCGUCUUUCAAAAUACACUUCUGUUUUCACAGGAAAUUUACUG